GAAUGAAAAUAUGCCAUCUCGUCUACGCCUCAGCCAUUGUAUUUUGCCGUUGUCUCUAUUCAGUGGUGUGCUGUAACUCAGUAAUUUCGUCGAUUUUAAUAAACGCAGAUUGUAGACAUACAGCUGAAUUUAUCAAAACCUAGUCUGUACACGGAUUGCAAAUAAGAUAUUUAGAAAAAUAAUAGAUUGUUUUGGGCUCACGCGAUAUUAAAAUUAGCAGCUAGCUACCUUUUUGGUUUAUUUCCCCCAAAAAACCUUUGUUAUUAAACCAAUAGGCAUUUCUCCACGCAUCCGGUUUCUAUUUAGAUGGCAAGCUUCCCAGAUUCUGUAAAUGAAAAUGAAAUAGGUAAGGCUAAGUUCAUCGGUGAACUCUUAGUGCCUGUUGCUCCCUUUGACCAGAAGUCUGGGCGAGAGACCUGGACUGUAGCCUUUGCACCUGAUGGUUCUUACUUCGCUUGGUCUCAAGGGCAUCGCAUCGUGAGGCUCGUUCCCUGGUCAAAAUGCCUGAAGAAUUUUGGUGGGGAAGGCUCCAACAGAGCAGGCACUCGGCGUUUGUCGCGGCAGGACAGCGAGGGUGGAACAGUGGUGCCAGUGGGCGAGCCCAGGGAGCACACCAUCGACUGCGGUGACAUUGUGUGGGGCCUGGCCUUCGGCUCGUCAGUACCAGAGAAGCAGAGUCGCUGCGUCAACAUCGAGUGGCACCGCUUCAAGUUCGGUCAGGACCAGCUGCUGCUUGCCACGGGCCUCAACAACGGACGCAUCAAGAUCUGGGAUGUCUAUACUGGAAAGCUGUUGCUCAAUCUCAUGGAUCAUACAGAUAUAGUGCGAGACCUGACUUUCGCCCCUGACGGCAGCCUCAUGCUGGUAUCGGCAUCCAGAGACAAAACCCUGAGGGUCUGGGACCUGAAAGAUGACGGUAACAUGGUGAAAGUGUUGCGGAGUCAUCAGAACUGGGUCUAUUGCAGCGCAUUCUCACCAGACUCCUCAGUCCUCUGCUCUGUCGGAGCCGGUAAAUCGGUGGCAGGUGUGAGUGUUUUUGAAGGGAGGGAGCGCCGCGCUGACAUAAAGCAGCCGGUGCAGGCCGCUGGCUGGUGGCACCAGUGCCACUACUACUGCCGGGCUGGGACGCACUGUGCCCCUGCCCAGGGGGCAGUCUUGCACCUACCUGACCGCAAGGUCUCCCAUACUAUGUCUCUUCGUAGGCUUCCGCCGGAGGUGUUCCUUUGGGAUAUGGAUAAAUAUUCCCUGAUCCGGAAGCUGGAGGGUCACCAUAACGACGUGGUGUCCUGUGAGUUCUCUCCCGACGGAGCCUUGCUCGCCACCGCCUCCUACGACACCCGUGUCAUCAUCUGGGAUCCCCACAUGGGCACUGUGCUGCUGGAGCUAGCGCACCUCUUCCCCCCUCCCUCGCCCAUCUUUGCUGGAGGGGCCAACGAUCGCUGGGUACGCUCUGUAGCGUUCUGUCACGACGGGCGUCACAUCACCAGCAUCACUGACGACCGAAUGGUGCGUUUCUGGACAAUUGAUGAGACGUCUCCCCAGGCCAUCGCCCCCCUCACUAACGGCCUCUGCUGUGCGUUCUCUACUGACGGGAGUUUCCUAGCAGCUGGGUCUCGAGACGGCAGCGUGCAUUUCUGGGCGUGCCCAAAGAGCAUUGCCAGCCUGCAGCACCUGUGUCGCAUGGCACUACGACGGGUCAUGUCCACCCAGCAGGUGCAGACGCUGCCUAUCCCGCCCCGCAUACGCUCCUACCUGUCUUACCAAGAUCUCUAGCCCUCCACAUUCACCCUCACUGCCCAACACCGCAUGCUGGAAACCAAUGAAUAUUACCUUCCUAGAAAAAACACCCAGGAAAAAUACCAAAAAAAUAACCGAAGAGGAAAAACUUGAUUGACAAACUAACUGUUCUGUGACAAGACAAAUUUUAGGGUAUUUAUUUUUGUAGGUUUACUUCCGUGUGUGCGUGCCAUGGCCCCCCUCAGGGAGCGUGGUUGAAUGGUUAAGUUAUUUCAGUGGCCUGUCUCUCAGCGUAAGAUGGCCUUACCAUAUGUCACCUGGAUAAUUCUACAUUAUUCCUCCAAUAGACUUGGUGGUGGUGGAAUCAAUAUUGAUGUGCUGUCUCUCAACCUUCUCCAACUUGGAAGCGGAGAAACCAUGCAACUCCACUGACUUUACUGUACGGACUACUAAGGUUGCAAAAUUCUGGGAACUUUCAAUAAAUUCCCUGGUUAUCCAAAAAUCCAGUUUGGAGGAAAUCUGGAAUCCGGAGGGAAUAAGGAGGAAAUCUAGAAUCCUCCAACCAGGAUUUUGCAACUCUACUAACGACUGAGUGGGAGGAUGGAGGGUUCGUCCCAACGCUGUGCAUUAUUUUCAGUGCUUCAGAGACGGGCAUGAAGGGUGGAGAAGUGUGUAUGGCCACAUGUACAAGUGUGUAUGUGUGUGGAAGCCAGAGGAGUCAAACUCAUUUUACCACAUUGGUCUUCGCCGAGGUCCGGAGGGCUGCAAGUAGAAUUGAUUAUAUUUCCUCUGUCAGAAUGUGUUUGUUUUUUUUAAGUCCUCUUUCCAUCGCUUUUGGAAUUUUCGAUUCUCCUUGACUGUCUAGCUUUCAUUUCGAUUGCCUUUUAGAAAGCUGGACAGAGUGAGGUUACACCGUUUUGAUUUGGUUUUUGGUAAUUUCAAUAUCAAUUGAGAUUGUUUUCCAUUUAAAGCAAAAAAAUAAAUAUAAAAGUUAAUUUGAAAAUGAGGUAAGUGAAUGACUGUGCUGAUAAGAUUUGACCUUCUGCUGCAACGGGCAGCUGGAUCCCUCCCUCAGUUUUCUGCUACUCUAGAUCUCCUCAGGUCUUAACCCUUACUCCCUCGCUUGCCCAGGUGCUUUCCUUUCCACACAUCCUGCCUCACUCACGCCCAGGAGGGCAGAGACUGCCUGUAGCCUACACUGUCUCAGUCUCAAAACAAUAGCAACCCAUAGUCUGACCUCUUUGGUUCUCAUUUUUUACCUGGGGGUGAAAAAAUCUGUAUAGACAAUUGCUUGUGUGUGUGUGUACUGUGGCUUGUGAAAGUAUACUCCCCUUGGCAUUUUUCCUAUUUUGUUGCCUUACAACCUUGAAUUAAAAUGUAUUUUUGGGGGCUUUAUCAUUUGAUUUACACAACAUGCCUACCACUUUGAAGAUGCUAAAUGUGUUUUAUUGUGAAACAUACCAGCAAUAAGACAAACAGAACUUGAGCGUGCAUUACGCCCCUAGAGUCAAUACUUUGUAGAGUCACCUUUUGCUGCAAUUACAGCUGCAAGUCUCUUGGGGUAUGUCUCUAUAAGCUUGGCACAUCUAACCACUGGGAUUUUUGCACAUUUUUCAAGGCUAAACUGCUCAAGCUCCUUCAAGUUGGAUGGGUUCCCCUGGUGUACAGCAGUCUUUAAGUCAUUCCACAGAUUCUCAAUUAGAUUGAGGUCUAGGCUUUGACAAGGCCAUUCCAAGACAUUUAAAUGUUUCCUCUUAAACCACUGAAGUGUUGCUUAAGCCGUAUGCUUAGGGUCAUUGUUCUCCUGGAAGGUGAACCUCCGUCCCAGUCUCAAAUCUCUGGAAGACUGAAACCGGUUUCUCUCAAGAAUUCCUCUGUAUUUAGCGCCAUCUGUCAUUCCUUCAAUUCUGACCAGUUUCCCAGUCCCUGCCGAUGGAAAAACAUCCCCACAGCAUGAUGCUGCCACCACCAUGGAUAGGGUUCUCGGGGUGAUGAGAGGUGUUGGGUUUGCGCCAGACAUAGCAUUUUCUUUGGUGGCCAAAAAGCUCAAUUUUAGUCUCAUCUGACCAGAGUUCCUUCUUCCAUUUAUGUUUGGGGAGUCUCCCCAUGCCUUUUGGCGAACACCAAACGUGUUUGCUUAUUUUUUUUCUUUAAGCAAUGGCUUUUUUUCUGGACACUCUUCCGUAAAGUCCAGCUCGGUGGAGUGUACGGCUUAGUGGUCCGAAUGGACAGAUACUCCAAUCUCCGCUGUGGCGCUUUGCAGGGUCAUCUUUGGUCUCCUUGUUGCAUUUCUGAUUAAUGUUCUCCUUGCCUGGUUAGUGAGUUUGAGGGUGGCCCUCUCUUGGCAGGUUUGUUGUGGUGCCAUAUUCUUUCCAUUAAAAAAAAAAAAAGAUUUAAUGGUGCUCCGUGGGAUAUUUUUUUAUAGCCCAACCCAGAUCUGUACUUCUCCACAACUUUGUCCCUGACCUGUUUGGAGAGUUCCUUGGUCCUCAUGGUGCCAAUUGCUUAGUGGUGUUGCAGACCGGGGCCUUUCAGAACAGGUGUAUGUGUACAUAUACACAUGCACGCACACACACACACACACACACACACACACACACACACACACACACACACACACACACACACACACACACACACACCUGUUCUGAAAGGCCCCAGAGUCUGCAACACCACUUAGAUUGCACACAGGUGGACUUUAUUGAACUAAUUGACUUAAGGUAAUUUGUUGCACCAGAUCUUAUUUAGGGUCUUCAUAGCAAAGUGGGUGAAUAAAUAUUCACGCACCACUUUUCUGUUUUUAAUUCUUUGGAAUAUUUUUUUUUUACUUCACCAAUUUCGAGUAUUUUGUAUGUCCAUUACAUGACAUCCAAAUAAAAUCAAUUCAAAUUACAGGUUGUUAUGCAACAAAAUAGGAAAAAAUCCAAGGGGGAUGAAUACUUUUUGCAAGGCACUCUAUAUGCAGUACUAGUCAAAAGUUUGGACACACCUCAUUCAAGGUUUUUCUUUAUUUUUAAUAUUUUCUACAUUGUAGAAUAAUAGUGGAGACAUCAACUAUGAAAUAACACACAUAGAAUCAUGUAACAAAAUAAGUGUUAAACAAAUCAAACUAUAGUUUGAGUUUCUUCAAAUAUAGCUUUGCACAAUUGGCAUUCUCUCAACCAGCUUCACCUGGAAUGCUUUUCCAACAGUCUUGAAGGAGUUCCCACAUGCUGAGCAGUUAUUGGCUGCUUUUCCUUCACUCUGCGGUCCAACUCAUCCCAAACCAUCUCAAUUGGGUUGAGGUCGGGUGAUUGUGGUGGCCAGGUCAUCUGAUACAGCACUCCAUCACUCUUGGUCAAAUUGCCCUUACACAGCCUGGAGGUGUGUUGGAUCAUUGUCCUGUUGAAAAACAAAUGACAAUCCCACUAAGUGCAUACAAGAUGGGAUGGCGUAUCGCUGCAGAAUGCUGUGGUAGCCAUGCUGGUUAAGUGUGCCUUGAAUUCUAAAUAAAUCACUGACAGUGUCAACAGCAAAGAACCCCCAGACCAUCACACCUCCUCCAUGCUUUAUGGUGGGAACUACAUAUGCGGAGAUCAUCUGUUUACCUACUCUGUGUCUCACAAAGACACGGCGGUUGGAACCAAAAAUCUCAAAUUUGGACUCAUCAGACCUAAGGACAGAUUUCCACCGGUCUAAUGUCCAUUGCUCACAUUUCUUGGCCCAAGCAAGUCUCUUCUUAUCGGUGUCCUUUCAGUGGUUUCUUUGCAGCAAUUCAACCAUAAAGGCCUGAUUCACGCAAUCUCCUCUGAACAGUUGAUGUUGAUGUGUCUUACUUGAACUCGGUGAGGCAUUUAUUUGGGCUACCAUUUCUGUGACUGGUAACUCUAAUGAACUUAUCCUCUGCAGCAGAGGUAACUCUGGGUCUUCCUUUCCUGUGGCGGUUCCCAUGAGAGCCAGUUUCAUCAUAGCUCUUGAUGGUUUUUGCUACUGCACUUGAAGAAACUUUCAAGGUUCUUUAAUUUUCCUGGAUUGACUGACCUUCAUGUCUUAAAGUAAUGAUGGGCUGUCAUUUCUCUUUGCUUAUUUGAGCUGUUAUUGCCAUAAUAUGGACUUGGUCUUUUACUAAAUAGGGCCAUCUUCUGUAUACCACCCCUACCUUGUCACAACACAACUGAUUGGCUCAAACACAUUAAGAAGGAAAUUCCACAAAUGACCUUUUAACAAGGUACACCUGUUAAUUGAAAAGGUGAAUACCUCAUGAAGCUGGUGGAGAGAAUGCCAAGAGUGUGCCAAGCUGUUUUCAAGGGUGGCUACUUUGAAGAAUCUCAAAAAACACUUAUUUGGUUGCUACAUGAUUCCAUAUGUGUUAUUUCAUAGUUUUGAUGUCUUCACUAUUAUUGUACAAUGUAGAAAAUAGUACAAAUAAAUUAAAACCAUUGAAUGAGUAGGUGUAUCCAUACUUUUGACUGGCACUGUGUGUGUAUGUGUAUAUAUAUCAGUAUAUGAACAUAUCAGAGGAUGUGGUAUGCUUUUUACUUUUGUUUCUUUUUUAUUCUUAUAACGUUACUGUUGUAAACAUUUUUUCCCUCUGUACACUUUUCUCUCAUUUUAAUGUGAAGACCUGUAUAUGAAUUAAUGAACCAAUCUGUUAUUGUAGAGACCAGGGUGUAGUCUGCUCCUUCAGAAGUGGUCAAACUGAGAUGGUGAAUUUAUAGUGUGCCCUAGGACUUAGUGUGCCCUAGGACUUAGUGUGCCCUAGGACUUAGUGUGCCCUAGGAGGUUGCCAUGUGUAUUAAUGACUGUCUGAAACCCAUGUUCAGUACAAACCUCUCUUUUCUCCUGUGCUAUGCUGCACAACUCUAAAGUGGAGUUCCUAAAUGUAAGAAAUAACCUAUAGGGGAGAGCAAUACAAGAUAAUCUUCUGAAAAUAAGUCAUCUUCACAGUUGCCAUCUGUAGCAUGGGAUCUUUAUUGAUUGUGACAAGCCUUUGAAGCCUUACUGUUAUGCAGGCAUUUGAUAGUAAAUAUUAAACUGGGUAAAAAAAGCUAAUUAUUUUCAGACAGUAUUGAGAAGGGCCAAAUGAAAAAGUAUUAAUGUUCUACUUUUUGUAUUUUGUCUAUGUUGACCUAGGUAGUGGAUACAGGCCUGCCGUUAAUCAAUCUUGGCAAUACGUUUUCUAAAGUCAAUGGUGAUGCCGACGGUCUCUCUUUCUCGUUUUUUUGUCUGUUCUUGUCAGUCUGACUUUUCUCUCACAUGGCUAAAACUUGAAACUCUUGUGCAUCUGUGAAUUUGAUUGAAUUUAUUCUGAUUUUAUUUCUCCUCUUCGUAAAACUGUUAAGCUGUUGUCUUCAGUAACCGGGUGGGUUUGUGUUUAGUAAAGCCUUUGCUGAUAGAGCUGGAGGAGGUGAAUGAAUCAAAAGUGCUGGGUUCUCACCAGUUGGGGAGUAGUAAACUAGAUGUAGUUCAACUAGUAAUUUAACUACAUUUUGUAGUAGCUCGGCGCUAAUAUAAUUCAAAUCUAGGUAGUGUUUUCACUCGUGAAUAAACUACUACUGGAACUACACACUAUUUUUGCAAAAAGAAAAUAUGGAUGUUGUCUAUUUUUUUCGGCAUCAGACCUGCCUAAUUCCCACUUCAAAGAAUUGUUUUUAAUUUAACUGUUAACCCCAAAGGGAUCUGUCUUGCAAUUUAUAGUCUUGACAUUUCAGAUUUACAUAUUAUAUUUUUUAUCAAAGUAGUUUGAUGUCGUGAACUACUUUUUCAAAGUAACUAGUUAAGUAAACUAUAUUUUUUUCAAAGGGUGACUUUAGUGGAGCUUAACUUGUUUCAGUGUGAAGUAAUUGGUAACUUGGUAAACUCUUUUCAGAGUAGUGUCCCCAACACUAGUUCUAUUCCACUUUGGGAACACACUAUUCGACAAGUGUGUUCCCAAAAUGAUUGAAAGGGUUUUGGUAUCCUCCAACCAUUGCAAUGUUAAAGAAGCUCCAAUCAAUGUUGAAUAUAUUGAAAUUAAUGUAGUCUCUCUUGUUUUUCUGGUCUGUUUCAUUAUGUAAUUUUUGCAUUUAUAGUUUGAAUAAAAUAUAUUUUUGAAAAACA